GCCGCGGAGCUGCCAUGGCCUCGCUGGCCGCGGCCGAGCCCCGGGCAGCCUCCCGCUCCCCGGCCCUCAGCCCCUCUCGCAGCGGCGGCGAGAAGCGCGCGGACGCCGCCCAGGAUACGCAGUCGAGGUCAGUGGAUUUGGAUCACGUCAUCGCGCUACUCGGAGAUUCGGACUCAAAAGAUUUUGAAAAAGAGCAGCUGAAAACUCUCAAGAAGGUAGUCAAGCAUUUUGAAAAUGGAUUUCCCCUUAAGGAUUUAGCACAAAUUUCUGAAAUUCUUAGCCUGUGUGCAGAAAAAAUGUAUGAACAAGAAGCUUUCACUGAGCCUUUAUGUGAACUUAUUAAAUUGUUUGAGUUACCAUUUCAAAAAAGGAAAUCAUCUGAAGAAAUGAACUAUUCCAUUGAAGCUUCAAAAUCCAUUGCACUGCUUGGUUACUUGAUGAGCCUGCCAAGCUCUCAAGUUAAAAUACAAAUCUGUAAGACUAUUGUUAGCUUUUAUAAUAUGGACCUACCAGGAAAACGACUUUCAGGUUACCAGCCAACUAGUCCGAACUAUAAAAUCCAGAUGGCUGAAGCAGGAGGAGUAGCAGAAUAUUUUGUUUAUUCACUAGCAUUAGUUGAAAAUCAACUUACUGAGAAGUUGUGGGUACUUAAAGCUCUCCAGCAUCUUUCCAUCUCUGAAACAAGUUGCGGACAAAUGGUGCAGGCCCAAGCAGCCAGCAGGCUUUGUUUGUGUCUAAAUGAUGCUGAUCCCUCAGGACAGCUGAUGUUCCAUUCCUCAGAUAUCCUAUGGAACCUGCUGGAAAAAACCUCAAAAGAAGAAGUUGUUUAUCAGCUCAGAAGCUUGGAAUGUGUACAUGCUUUGAAAGAAGCAUUUGUAGACCUCAUGUGUGGCUUCCGGCACUGCGAUCAUCAGCUGCGGAAUGACCUCUUGGUGAUUGCCACAUUACUAGCUGAAUACCCUGCAGUACCUAUGAUUGAAAGUGGAUUUGCAGAGAUCUUAAUAGUACUUGCAACAUGUACUGAAGUUAAACUUCCCAAUCCUCUGGUAAAAGGUUUUAAACUUACCUACUCCUACGAGGAUUUUGAGAUGAAGAAGUUACUAUUUAAUAUAAUAGGAAUCUUAUCUAAAGACCCAUCUUCUACUCAGCUCCUCAGUGAAAAUCAUGUGAUACCAGCUUUGCUUUAUUAUGUAAAAAAAAAUCGAAAGCCUGGAUUUCCUGACUGGUCUGCUGCCCAGUAUGAAGAAUUACAACUUCAUGCAAUUGCUGUUUUAGCUUCAGUGGCUCCUGUGUUAGUAGACAAAUAUUUGUCCUGCCAAGCGAAUACUCUUCUCCUGGUGUUUCUAGAAUGGUGUGUAAGCCAAGAUCCUUUCUUUGGUCAAGGUAACAGUUUCCAUGGAACAGGUGGUCGUGGCAGCAAACUCGCACAAAUGCACUACAGCCUCCGAGCUCUGAGGUCUGUUGUGGCCCUUUAUGAUGACGCUGUGAGCAUUAAUCUGUGUGACCAGGGAGCAAUUUGCCAGCUACUGGACAUCCUAAAGUAUGCAGCAGAAAAAUUUAAAGAAAAAGAAAGUAGUGUUCUACUGGAAAUCCAAACUGACAUAUUAUUUAUUUUGUCUGUUCUCUGUGAAAGUGAUAACCACAAAAAGGAACUCUUCAGCUGUGAAGGAAUUGGUAUACUCAUUGCAUAUCUUCAGAUGGAUCCAAGGAGCUUAUAUAGUGGAUUAGGCCACAAUUAUCUCCUCCUCAGUGCACUGGACUGCUUGUGGUCCUGUGUCAUUGGAUGUUACAUUGCAGAGGACUCUUUUAUUGAAAAACAGGGCAUUUUUCUCCUUCUGGAUUUGUUGUCACUACAGGAAAAGAACCUGGGCAAUAUAAUUCUUGGAAUCUUGGUUGAAUUUUCGGACAACGCUAAAACCAUUUUGCACAUGAAUAUCUGGCAAGGAAAGAGAGGUCAAACAGCAGCUAACGUUCUAAUACAGUUAUGGAGACAGGAGGAGAUGGACUUGGGAGUCAAACGUGAUCAAUAUGGAAAGAUUGUUGAAGCCAAGAGACCUAUUGCUACCAGCUUCCAGAAACAGCAAAAGGUCAUUCCAGUGCCUGCCAACUGUCCCGGUUUUUCUAUCAUGGAAAUUUCAGAGACCUUACGGGCAAAAAUUUAUUCAUUAUUUUGCAAGCUAGGUUUUGAACAUUUACCUGGCUUAUCUGCUAAGGAUGUGGUUACACUUGCUAUUAUACAACAUUUUAUUGACUUUAAAGUUGGAGAGGUUUGGAGUGAAAUAAAAGAAGAAAUAAAAGAAGAAUUCAGGCCUGUUACAUCAGAUGAGAGAAUCUUGAAACUUAUUUCAGAGGUGUCAGAAAAUACUGGAAGAAAGGUUGUUGCUCUGCAGACUGAAGCACUUGAAAAACAACACCGCCAGGAAAUCCGGGAAGAGAAAAAAACUUACCAGAAAAUCAAAGCUACCAACACACAGAGAGAAAUGGUAAAUAAAUCCUGGGAAAAUUUCUUGGCUCGGACAUCAAACUAUGAGGCAUUGAAGAAAGCAAAAAUGCUUCAGGGAACAUUAAUAGAGGCUUCCAGAUCUAAGAUAAAGCUUCCAAAUGGACCGGACCAUCCUACUGAUAUUCCAAAACUCCAGAUUACAGUCGCACCUGGUCGCUGUGUAACUGUGGGAAGUACAUCUCAUCAGGGAGGGCCACUGGCUGAUACAGACCAUGCUCCUAAAAAGUCCUCUGCUUGUAAAAAAGCCUUCAGAAGUGAUCAAAAGAGAUAAAACAUUGGAUUCAGUCUAGAAAAAAAUGGUAUCUGUAGAAUGGAUGCUGUUCCAAAGAGUGGUAUAUUAAUAUGUAGUUACCUAUAUGUAGAUACAAAAUAAAAUCUGUUUUUAAUGACUUGAAAAA